GACGGGAUCAUUGACGAGGAGACAUUCAGCCAGAUUCGCGAGAUGGACGAUCCGGAUGACCCAGAGUUGUUCUCAGCCGGAAUUGUUUUCGGUUUCUUUGAUCAGGCAGAGCAGACAUUCGGGGAGAUGCGGAGAGCAAUCUCUGAGAAGAAUCUCGAACAGCUAUCUUCGCUGGGUCAUUUCCUCAAGGGAUCCUCUGCUGCUCUUGGCGUAUUCAAAGUUCAAGCGAUCUGCGAAACCAUCCAGAACAAUGGAAAGAUGCGGGAUGAAGUUCGAGACGAAAACAUCACUUCCGAGGACGCACUGAAACGGAUCAAAGACCUGUUGAGAAAUGCCGAGCUGGAAUAUAGAAUCGCCAAAGCUUGGUUCUUAAAGUUGUACCCUGAUGGAGGACCCGAAGGGGGCGACGAGGAGGACUGA